AGCCAGUCACAUUAUGGCUCCGGGUGUCUUUCUCAUGUUAAACGGAAGGGUUUAGGCCUCAAAGUCAUCCUUAAGAAUAGACGUGGGGUAGCAACUGUUGAGUCCUGAGAGGAACGAUAGGGUUGGGGUUUGUGCAUAUUGGCUGUGCAAGUUUUUCUGAGUCCCUGGAGGUGGGGAUGCACCAACUGAGUGCUCUGGUAUCUGUCUGUACAAACGACCAGGCCAGGCGUGUGGUAAAGUGGCCUGAGGUAAGGUGGAAAAGAGAGGAAGUGGGCUUCAUAGGAAAUCAUGGGGACUGACGGCUGCUAGGGUGAUCUGAAGCACUUUGUGAGCCUGGGAAAACGGGCUCUGAUGUUAAGUGUGUGGGGAGUGCAAACAGUGUCUUGAGAUCAGGCCCAAGGCAGAGAAAGGGGUUGGAUGGAGUCUGUGUUCCCGGCACCCAGCCUAGAAUUGGAUGGAUAUUUGAGAGGCCAGGUUUGCCAGUGCUGGAAUGCAGCUUACAGGUUGGUUAACACCUCACACGUUCCUGAAGGGUAAGAUACCAGAAUGCCAAGCCAUUAUUAGAGUUCAGACUGCAACGCUGGGCUUCAUUUGUUAAGAGCUUGAGACCAUGUUAUGAGGCACUGGACAAAUUUAGCUACUUCUGUGCCUUAGUUAUCCCCCGUGGAAUGGGGAUAAUAAUACCUAUCUCACAGGGUUGUUGUGGGGAUGAAAUAAUGGAAAGUGCUUAGCAUAACGCCUGGGUCAUGGUGAGAGUUAUGUGAAUGCUGUGGCUGGGAACUAUUCUCACAUUCUCAAGUUGUUCUGCAAGUUUUGAUGGAGCCCCAUUUCUCUUCCUAGUUCUUCUCGUCUUCAGACAGCAGUCCAAAUUCCCUCAUUCCUCCCUUCUGGCCCUCUCCCAGGAUCCAGGCCUCAGGCCCCAGGCUGGGCCACUUGCUCUGUUCCAGUUUGAUUUUCUCAUCCUAGGCUCAUUCUCCUCCCUUUCCCUCCUCCCUCUCUCCCGGCUGCCAUAAUAACAAGAGAUUCAGACUCUGAAGGGGGCCUCUGGAAGGGAGCAAAGGUGCGUGUUUUCUCCCAGAGUCUGGGUCUCCAACUUCUCCGCCCUGGAUCUUUGGUACCAUGCCAGCAGAUGUGUACAGUUUGGGAGAGAGGAAAAGCCAGAGCUGCAGGAACAAGCUGAAGGGUGCUGGCUGUGAUCGAACUUCUCAAUCCUCAGAGACUUAGAUCUUCCACCUCGCUCCCGCAGCCAGGCCUCCAGGCCCCCUCCUGCAUCCGUGGUGGCCUCUCCGCCUUCCCUGUUCUAUUCUCCCCAUGGCCUAGACAUGAGUGGCCCCCUGGAAGGGGCAGAUGGGGGAGGGGACCCCAGGCCUGGAGAAUCCUUUUGUCCUGGAGGAGUCCCAUCCCCUGGGCCUCCACAGCACCGCCCUUGCCCAGGCCCCAGCCUGGCCGAUGACACCGAUGCCAACAGCAAUGGUUCAAGCGGCAAUGAGUCCAAUGGGCAUGAGUCCAGGGGUGCGUCUCAACGGAGCUCACACAGCUCCUCCUCAGGCAACGGCAAGGACUCAGCCCUGCUGGAGACCACUGAAAGCAGCAAGAGCACAAACUCUCAGAGCCCAUCCCCACCCAGCAGUUCCAUCGCCUAUAGCCUCCUCAGUGCCAGCUCAGAGCAGGACAACCCAUCCACCAGUGGCUGCAGCAGUGAACAGUCAGCCCGGGCGAGGACCCAGAAAGAACUCAUGACAGCACUUCGAGAGCUCAAGCUUCGACUCCCGCCAGAGCGCCGGGGCAAGGGCCGCUCUGGGACCCUGGCCACGCUGCAGUACGCGCUGGCCUGUGUGAAGCAGGUGCAGGCCAACCAGGAAUACUACCAGCAGUGGAGCCUGGAGGAGGGCGAGCCUUGCUCCAUGGACAUGUCCACCUACACGCUGGAGGAGCUGGAGCACAUCACAUCUGAGUACACACUUCGUAACCAGGAUACCUUCUCAGUGGCUGUCUCCUUCCUGACGGGCCGAAUUGUGUACAUUUCGGAGCAGGCAGCCAUCCUGCUGCGUUGCAAGCGAGACGUGUUCCUGGGUACCCGCUUCGCUGAACUCCUGGCUCCCCAGGAUGUGGGAGUUUUUUAUGGUUCCACUGCUCCAUCUCGCCUGCCAACCUGGGGCACUGGGGCCUCUGCAGGUUCAGGCCUCAGGGACUUCACCCAGGAGAAGUCUGUUUUCUGCCGUAUUAGGGGAGGUCCUGACCGGGACCCAGGGCCUCGGUACCAGCCAUUCCGCCUUACCCCAUAUGUGACCAAGAUCCGGGUCUCAGAUGGGGUGCCUGCACAGCCGUGCUGCCUGCUCAUUGCAGAACGCAUCCACUCGGGUUAUGAAGCUCCCCGGAUACCUCCUGACAAGAGGAUUUUCACUACGAGGCACACACCCAGUUGCCUCUUCCAGGAUGUGGAUGAAAGGGCUGCCCCACUGCUGGGCUACCUGCCCCAGGACCUCCUGGGGGCCCCCGUGCUCCUGUUCCUGCAUCCUGAGGACCGACCCCUCAUGCUGGCUAUCCACAAGAAGAUCCUGCAGUUGGCGGGCCAGCCCUUUGACCACUCCCCUAUCCGCUUCUGUGCCCGCAACGGGGAGUAUGUCACCAUGGACACUAGCUGGGCUGGUUUUGUGCACCCCUGGAGCCGCAAGGUAGCCUUCGUGUUGGGCCGCCACAAAGUCCGCACGGCUCCCCUCAAUGAGGACGUGUUUACUCCCCCGGCCCCCAGCCCAGUUCCGCCCCUGGACACUGAUAUCCAGGAGCUGUCAGAGCAGAUCCACCGGCUGCUGCUGCAGCCCGUGCACAGCCCCAGCCCCACAGGACUCUCUGGAGUUGGCCCCGUGACAUCCCCAGGCCCUCUCCACAGCCCUGGCUCUUCCAGUGAUAGCAACGGGGGUGAUGCAGAGGGACCUGGGCCUCCUGCACCAGUGACUUUCCAGCAGAUAUGUAAGGAUGUGCAUCUGGUGAAGCACCAGGGGCAGCAGCUUUUUAUUGAGUCUCGGGCUUGGCCUCAGCCCCGGACCCGCCUCCCUGCUACAGGCACGUUCAAGGCCAAGGCCCUUCCCUGCCAAUCCCCAGACCCAGAGCUAGAGACAGGUCCUGCUCCCAUCCAGGCCCCACUAGCCUUGGCCCCUGAGGAGGCCGAGAGGAAAGAGACCUCGAGCUCCUCCUACCAGCAGAUCAACUGCCUGGACAGCAUCCUCAGGUACUUGGAGAGCUGCAACAUCCCCAGCACCACCAAGCGUAAAUGUGCCUCCUCCUCCUCCUACACCACCUCCUCAGCCUCUGAUGACGACAAGCAGAGGACAGGCCCAGUCCCUGCGGGGACCAAGAAAGAUCCGCCGUCAGCAGUGCUGUCUGGGGAGGGGGCCACCCCACGGAAGGAGCCAGUGGUGGGAGGCACCCUGAGCCCGCUCACCCUGGCCAAUAAGGCGGAGAGCGUGGUGUCCGUCACAAGUCAGUGUAGCUUCAGCUCUACCAUCGUCCAUGUGGGAGACAAGAAGCUCCCGGAGUCGGACAUCAUCAUGAUGGAGGACCUGCCUGGCCUAGCCCCAGGCCCAGCCCCCAGCCCAGCCCCCAGCCCCACAGUAGCCCCUGACCCAGCCCCAGAUGCCUACCGUCCAGUGGGGCUGACCAAGGCCGUGCUGUCCCUGCACACACAGAAGGAAGAGCAAGCCUUCCUCAGCCGCUUCCGAGACCUGGGCAGGCUGCGUGGACUCGACAGCUCUUCCACAGCCCCCUCCGGCCCUGGCUGCCACCACAGCUCUACACCCCACAGCCGCCGACACCACUGCCGAUCCAAAGCCAAGCGCUCACGCCACCACCAGAACCCCCGGGCUGAAACCCCCUGCUAUGUCUCACACCCCUCACCUGUGCCACCCUCCACCCCCUGGCCCCCCCCACCAGCCACUACCCCCUUCCCAGCGGUUGUCCAGCCGUACCCUCUCCCAGUGUUCUCCCCGAGAGGAGGCCCCCAGCCUCUUCCCCCCACUCCCACAUCUGUGCCCCAGGCUGCUUUCCCUGCCCCUCUGGUGACCCCAAUGGUGGCCUUGGUUCUUCCAAACUAUUUGUUCCCAACCCCAUCCAGCUAUCCUUAUGGGGCUCCCCAGACCCCUGCUGAAGGGCCCUCUACUCCUGCCUCGCACUCCCCUUCUCCAUCCUUUCCCGCCCUCCCCCCCAGCCCUCCCCACCGCCCAGACUCUCCACUGUUCAACUCAAGAUGCAGCUCUCCACUCCAGCUCAAUCUGCUGCAGCUUGAGGAGCCCCCCCGUGCUGAGGGGGCUGCUGUUGCAGGGGGCCCUGGGAGCAGUGCCGGGCCCCUACCUCCCAGUGAGAAGGCUGCUGAGCCAGAGGCCAGACUGGUGGAAGUCACAGAGUCCUCCAAUCAGGAUGCGCUUUCUGGCUCCAGUGACCUGCUGGAGCUGCUGCUGCAAGAGGACUCACGCUCUGGCACAGGCUCCGCAGCCUCGGGCUCCUUGGGCUCCGGCUUGGGCUCUGGGUCUGGUUCAGGCUCCCACGAGGGGUGCAGCACCUCAGCCAGCAUCACUCGCAGCAGCCAGAGCAGCCACACAAGCAAAUACUUUGGCAGCAUCGACUCUUCUGAGGCGGAGGCCGGGGCUGCUCGGGCAGAGGCUGAGCCCGGGGACCAGGUGAUUAAGUACGUGCUCCAGGAUCCCAUUUGGCUGCUCAUGGCCAAUGCUGAUCAGCGCGUCAUGAUGACCUACCAGGUGCCCUCCAGGGAUAUGACCUCUGUACUGAAGCAGGAUCGGGAGCGGCUCCGAGCCAUGCAGAAGCAGCAGCCUCGGUUUUCAGAGGACCAGCGGCGGGAACUGGGCGCUGUGCACUCCUGGGUCCGGAAGGGCCAGCUGCCUCGGGCUCUUGAUGUGAUGGCCUGUGUGGACUGUGGGAGCAGCACCCAAGACCCUGGUCACCCUGAUGACCCACUCUUCUCCGAGCUGGAUGGACUGGGGCUGGAGCCCAUGGAGGAGGGUGGAGGCGAGCAAGGCAGCAGCGGUGGCGGCAGUGGUGAGGGUGAGGGCUGCGAGGAGGCCCGGGCCCAAGUUGGGGCCAAGGCCUCUAGCUCUCAGGACUUGGCCAUGGAGGAGGAGGAGGAAGGCAGGAGCUCAGCCAGUCCAGCCUUACCUACAGCAGGAAACGGCGCCAGCUAGACUCCCAUUUUGGGACCAUCUCCAGGAGCCCAUGAGCAGCUUCCUUCUGUGUCCCAAUUCUCAGAACUCAGAUGUGGCUGGACCAACCAGUGGGAAACUGCCCCAGCUUCUCCCACCAUAGGGGGCUGGACCCCCAUCAUCAGCCCAGGAUCCAGGGGCUGCCUCUGGCCUCUUAGGGAGCAGAGAGUAGAACUCUGCAGCCCAACCCAGAGGAGGGUCACCUUCCACCUUUGGAGGGGAGCCCUUCCCUCUCCUGGACAGAGUUGCUGACAAGCUGCUGAAGUGGCUUCUCCAUAUCCCAGCUGAGCCUGAGUCCGAUUCCUGAGGAUUGGGGCUGCACUUAUUUAUUGGGGGAGACAGCUCUCUCCCACCUCCUCCCCAGAUGGGAGGAGAGCCUGAGGCCCAAGCAGGACCCAGGGGUUCCAGCCCCUAGCUGCUCUGGGGUGGGGGAGGUUGGUGGACCAUGGAGUCCCUGGUGCUGCCCCUCAGGUGGGACCCAGGUGUUCUCAGCUGUACCCUCUGCCGAUGGCAUUUGUGUUUUUGAUAUUUGUGUCUGUUAUUACUUUUUUAAUACAAAAAGAUAAAAAAGCCCA